AUGAAUAAAAAUAAAGAAUCUGGAAAGCAAGUUUAAAAUAUCAAAGUAAAUGAUUCUAAUUCAAAUAAAAAUAAAGAAUUAUAAAAGCUUGUUUAAAAUAAUAAGAAUUUUGAAUUUUUAUCAAGUGGAAAAAUUAAAUGCCUUUUAACACAUCACGAAAUUUUACCAACUUUAUAAGAAUUUAACAACUAUCUUAAUGGAAAAAGCUAUAAAAAUGCAUUAGAAAGUGAUAUCGACUUUACUUAAUUUGAACCCUACAUCGUCCAGCAUAAAACUGAUAAGUAAAAUUAAUUCAUAGUUGUAGAAAUAAAUUGUUUUGUAAUUUGACCCGAUAAAAUAUUAGUAAAAAGAAAUCUGUAAUUCUCAAACAUGUUAAUGGAAAGAGAUAUAAAUAUUAUUUAUCCAGUAAUUCAAUUAUAUCUAUAAAUCUUUAGAGUACUUAGAGGAAUAAGCCAAAGAGGAGCAAGAAAAUUAAUAAGAAAAAUAAGAAGAUGAUGUCUAAAAUGAAUUAGAAGAGUUGAACAACCUAGUAAAUGAAGAGGAGUAGGAAGAAUAGCCAUAGAAACAAAAAAAUGGAAUUCUAAAAGGAGGAAAAAAAAUAAAUAAAAAAAUUUUUAAACAAUAAAAAGAAGAAUAGAUAGAAAUUGAAUAGGGAACAUAAAGUAAAUAGAAAAAGCCAUAAUAAUAAGUAAAAAAGUUAAAGAAUAAAUAAUAAAAUGCAUAAUUGGAAUGA